UUCAUUCAACUAACAACAAUUAUUAUUUUUAUUUUGCAACAAUGAACAAUUCAUUGAAAGCAACAAUUGUUACUUUUGUUAUUUUUACAACUUUAGUUCAUUCUUGUUUAAUUACGAAUUGUCCAAGAGGUGGCAAACGGAGUAAUUUAUUAGAUAAUAGAAUAUCAACGGAUUCUAUCAAACCGUGUACAUCUUGUGGCCCACAAUUGGCUGGACAAUGUUUUGGACCAUCAAUAUGUUGCGGACCAUUUGGAUGUCUAAUUAAAACUUUAGACACAAUCAGAUGUCAACGGAAUGGUGGCUUCCAUGAACAAACCCCAUGCAUUGCUGGGCGAUCAACAUGUGAUGGCAAUGCUGGACGAUGUGCUUUAAAUGGUAUUUGCUGUUCCCAAGAAUCAUGUUUUAAGGAUUCAUCCUGUAACGAAGAUUUAGAUAAUGAAAAUAUGGCCCCACUAAAUGGACUUUUCCAACUAUUAAAUCCAGUACAACGUGCUCGUGCAGAAACUUUAGACAAACUAUAAUUUAUGUAAUUUAAAAGAGAUAAAUAAAAAAAUGUU